AAAAUUUGGGAGAGACCAAACAAACCUCCUGCGUUGCCCAUCAGCUUCUUCUCCCCCCUCCCGCAGCACCCCCUCCCAAAUCCGCCCGCCGCACAAAUUUCUUCGGACUUCACUUCUCCGAAUCCUUCUCCAUCUCCGUCUCGAAUUCCGCUUCUUGGACUCGACCCUCCCACCGGCGCUCUUCUUUUUCCUCGCUUUUUUAAUUUUUCUCCCGAGUUGGGAGCCGCCCAAGAACUCGAGUUCUUGGCUCCCUGAUCCAAACUGCCCCAAUUCCGCGCGGUUGCGCGGAAAGAUUGGAUUUUGAGUCCUCUCCGAUUGGUUUGUGCGGCUAAAUCAGAGAAACCAUCCGGGGAUUUUGGUUUCGUGACCUAAGCCGGUGGAAGUUCGGUUUGGUGAUGGAGCAGGAGGUUCCCUCGAAAAUCAAGGAGAAGGAGAAGCAGCAGCAGGUGGAGCCGGCGCCGGCGCCCGCAGCGGCAACCGAGCCGAGGGCGCCUCCACAGCCGCAACAGCAGCGGAAGCCGGCGGUCUCGGUGCAGCCUGUUAUGCCGGUGACGAGGACGUGGCCAGUGGCCUUCACGCCUAUGAAGCCUGUGGUCGAAAUGAAGAGUACCACCCUGACCAAGAAAAAGAAGCAUUGUAACUGCAAAAACUCACAGUGUCUAAAGCUGUACUGUGAGUGUUUUGCAGCACGUGAUUAUUGUGACGGCUGCAAUUGUAAACAAUGUGGGAACACUGUUGAGAAUGAAAAGAUUAGGCAGGAGGCUAUUAACAAUACAAAGCAACGCAAUCCAAACGCCUUUCAACCUAAGAUUGAGAAUGGUCCAAAUAAUAUCAGUGUUCGUAAGGAUAAUGCUGGAGCACCACCUUCAAUUCCAAAGCAUAAUAAAGGUUGUCACUGCAAGAAGUCAAGUUGUCUUAAGAAGUACUGUGAAUGUUUCCAAGCAAAUAUUCUUUGCUCGAAGAACUGUAGAUGUAUGGAUUGCAAGAACUUCGAUGGAAGUGAGGAGCUACGGGCUAUAAUUCAAGGGGAUAGUUCAUGUGAUAGAAAUACCAUGCAACAAGCAGCUAAUGUUGCUCUGAAUGGUGCCAUUGGAUCUUCAGGGUAUAGAUUUUCUCCAGUGCGUAGAAAAAGGCCCCCAGAAGACCCCUAUGGUCAGAGACUAAGUGGUGAAGGAAGUAUGGCACAGACACAGUUUCAAGAGGCCAACCAUGUGGAUGCUUUACAAGUUGCUUCAUCUAUUGGACUUGACGGGUGCCAAAGUAAAUCUAAACUGGUCUAUAGGUCUCCGCUAGCAAACACUAUCCAUCUUUCUGAUGUCAACGACCUAGCCAACCAUUUGGUGAUUCUAUGCAGAAAGGCAGCGGAGGGAUUCACGACAAUAGCUGAUAAUAAAGUGGAGAUGGAAGUGGAUAAGGAAAUUUGCAAAAAUAUUGUCCUAAAUUUUGAUGAGAACAAGAAGGAAGUCCAGAAAGCUGCUGCUAGUCAAAUUGAUAAUUUGACCAAUAUAGAUCAGCAAAACCCUGGUGACUUGGGACCACAUAGCUCUAACACCCAAGAGGAUUCUAGGCCUGCCUCUCCAGGAACACAAGCGCUGAUGUGUGAUGAGCAGGAUCUCACAUUCGGAACAGAUUAUAGAAGUUCAGUUCCCAUACCACUGCAUGAUCAGGUCAUUUCUGAGCUACACAGCGUGCAAGAAAAUGCAGUGUUGAGAGAGUUCCGAAACUACCUCCGGCUAAUUAUCACACGUGGAAAAGUAAAUGCAGAAGAAAAAUCUUCAUCAGGGACAGGGAUGGAAUUGGAUGCUCGACAUCAUGGAUCAAGCACCAUUUUACCCCCAGUAAAAGCGGAAGAAAAAUCCAAUGCUCCGGAUAACCCCGAAAAUCCGGAAACAAAUGUUGUAUCAGCAGACCAUGCGCCCGAGUUAAUGUAGAUUUAGCUCAAAGUUUGCAUUUUUCAUGUCCAGAUAAGAUCUGUUUUGUACAACUGCCAAUCUCUGUGUACAUAUGGAUAGUAUAGUCCUUGUCACCAGAAACGGCGGCCGGCCAUGUAGCAUUAGUCAUUCAUGAGAUGUAAAGCAGGCAACAGAAGUCCUUCUGAUAAUGUAAUUAAUUUUAUUAAUAAUGAUUUUUAUAUGAUUUUCCUA